GGCGCUUCCAAUGCCUGAAUCGCCUUCUGUAAUGUCAAACCCCAAAUGUUCUGCUCUUGGAUUAGUUGUUGGCCUGCUCCUGGCAAGCGGCACGGCGUUGGCGCUGGAUAAAUGUGUUUACUGCCGUGGAAUCAACUGCCAGAGGAGCAGCUACCAGGCGGAAGAGCAGUGCUCCGAUGUACUGGACGCCUGUGCGAGUGUCUUUGAGGGUGGCAUAGUCCAGGCCCAGGGCUGCCUGGAGGGUCUCGAGGAUGGCUGGAGGGCACAGUGUCAGGCGCCCUCGAAGGGUGUCGAUUGUGAGAUCUGUGUGUCCGACAACUGCAACACUGUGGGCUCGGAGAGAGCCGCCUGUCUUCAGUGUGCGGAGAGUGAGGAUGAGCAAUGUGUGAAUGCUCCUCAGCUUCUUAUGGCCCAAAGUUGUGCGAUUGCGCGUACUGGCAGAAGUUUUUGCUACUCGAAAUUGGUGGGAGAACGCCUGGAACGGGGCUGUUCCUUAAGUCUUUCGGAUCAGAUGGAUUGCCUGGCCAGUGGCAGCUGCCAGCUGUGCGAUCCUCUCGAGCGGCCACAUUGCAACGAUGAAGUAAUCGACUUUAGUGCAGCUCCAGACACAACAACAGAAUCUACUUCCACAUCGACUUCCACACCGAUUACACCAACCACGCAAUCCACAACAACACAAUCCACCCCAACACCGCAGACAACACCAACCACACAACAACCAACAACAACUACUCCACAACCCACAACUGCAACACCCACAGCACCAACAACGACAGCCAAACCCAAUUCCGCGUUCAGUUUGCACUCCUCCUCCACCACGACCAUUCCGUUGAUCAUCGUGCCAUUGGUUGUAUUUAUUUACACCCUUCAUAAAUAAUACCAAAAUUCGUUUAUGCUUUUAGCUUUAAUUCCCACGGCCUUCUCUUUAACCUAAUCUACUUAUGUAUUGUUUAACUAAUUUUUAUGGUAUCCAAUAAAUACUGUCCGCGCUCCAUUACAAUCUAUACCCGAACAUACAUAAAUGGA